UUGUCAGAAUCAGAAAACUAUAAAACAUAUUAUUUAUAUUUUAUUUUUGUAAAUUGUAUUCUGCAAUUGGUUGCUUAAAUAUUUGAUUUUUAUGAAAAUGAAUUGAUUAAGCGGAAACAAAUUUGUUUUAUGUUAAUAGUUAAAAUGUGGCCGUUUUCUUUAAAAUAACAUGAUAGGAGUGCAAAAUGUUAGGUAUACAGAGUACCUAGGAUAAGGAAUCUAAUCUAACCUUUAUCUAAUCUAAUUUACUUUGAAUCAAGCAUAACAGCUAGCCAUUCAGAAUGAUGGGGUUUUCGUAUGAAAAACGUUAUUUAAAACGCCCAAGAUUGGGACCACCGGACGUUUAUCCCCAGGAACCAAGACAAAAAGAGGAUGAGUUAACCACUGUAAAUGUAAAACAUGGGUUUACAAUAGUCCCCCAGCUACCGGAUGAAUUUGGUACUGCACGGAACUGCAAUAUAACAGCACAAAAGGUUGGACAGUUCUUCAAUGCAAUUUUGGGCAAGAAAGAGGAACUGAACACACUGCCUGAUCCGGGCAGAAAAAGACAACAAAUCAACCCCAAAGACAACUUCUGGCCAGCCACUAACAGAUCUAAAGCUGCCAUCGAAGCAUGGUUCAAAGACUUGGCUGGAAGUAAACCAUUACUGAGCUUGUCAAAAAAGGCUCCUAAUUUCAACAAGAAGGAGGAGAUCUUCCCAUUGUUGUGCGAGUACCAGGUUCCGAUGACGCGGGCUGCGUGGUUCAUUAAACUGAGCUCUGCAUACACUGUCGCCAUAUCUGAGGCCAAGAUCAAGAAACGCCAGAUGCCAGAUCCUACCCAAGAAUGGACGGGUACACUGUUGAAGUACAUGAAAGAACAGCUUUGCAAACCUCUAACAGACUACUACACAAGCACCACCGCCACUACGAUGAAUGAUGAACAGAAAUUAUCCCUGAGGCAGUGGCAGUACUGUGCCAACCUAGUUAAACACAUGUAUCAGGAGGGUUUGCUAGAGCGUCAGGAGACUAUUCAGUGGAUCCUGGAGUUGUUAGAGCGGCCGCUGAGGUCAACUUCCUCAUCUGAGGACGGACUGUUCCGGUUGUUUCUGCCACUUGCUCUACAAUACAUGGAGGAGUUUGUACAAUCAGAACUGCUCUCUCGAAAACUCUCCUACCUGUGUGCUCGAAAGGUAUCACAGCUAUGCAGUGGAGAGCCUCAAAGUGGUGGUGGGGUUUCACCAAACUCCCCCGCCAUCCAUAACACCCCCACCAGCGGGGGCAACAGUCAAGGCACGGCUGGUCAGCAGCAGACUAGUAACAGCCUGGUGGCAGCGCAAGGUGGAGCCAAUGCUGCCAACACUCUCACAGUCAUGUUCAAUGAGUAUUUGAGUUGUCCACACCAUCGAGAUCUGAUACUUGGACUGAGCGCUAUCAUUCAGGUUGUGACACUGGAAUGCCCGACUGCACUGGUGUGGAACUGUAUCGGGGAGGGAAAGUCUUCCUCUGUCUUAAAUGGUUCUGCUCUUGACCACCUUCCUUGUUCUCCGGCUGCGCUACCGAUGCCUCAACGGACCACCAACCCUCAUGUCAGGAACCAGCUGAAGUUGGGAGAGGAGUUGAUCAAACAGCGUAGUCAGGCAGCAGAAGGUCGUUGGUCAUGUGACAAGUGGCAGCAGUCGUCUGCUGGGGUGACUACAGUGAAGGUGUUGAAUGCGUUGGAUGCGCUAGAUCGUCACAGCUUUGAAAGAGUGGACGGCAGCAACUCCUUGGACACUCUAUACUCCAAGAUCUUCCCUGUCGCGAACAACACCAAGGAUAAGGACAACAACCAGGAGGAGGCCAGGGUGCAAUAUUCGGUAUCUCAAGACAAGGCAGUCGUAGACAUCCUGUGUCAAUGGGCAGUCAGUGGAAUGAGGUACGGAGAGCACAGAGCCAUGGCGGUUGCCAAGCUGCUUGAGAAGCGCCAGGCGGAGGUGACCAGUGGGGCCAGCAACGGAGAGUCAGACACUGGAGAUGACAAAGACUCCACGGCCUCUGUACCUACAGGUCUGCCAGUGUUCCAAACCCUGCUCAUGCGGUUCUUGGACCACGACGCACCUGUGCUGGACGAGAAUCCCAGUAAUGCCAACCGCACCAUGUUUACCAACCUCGUUCAUCUGUUUGCUGAACUGAUACGUCACGAUGUGUUCUCCCACGAUGCGUACAUGUGCACUCUCAUAUCCCGCGGUGAUCUCAAUGUGGCCACGCCGCCUGCGGGAGGAACAACGCCACACCCUGCCAGCAACAAGCCAGCAGCAACUCCCAUGGAGGAUGACUCAGGUCUGUUUGACAUCAAGCCCAAGAUGGAACCUCCUAGUAGAGCCAUGGACUACGAUGACAGCAAGAUAGACGAUGAUCUGGACAAACUGCUGCAGCAUAUCAAGGAGGAGCAGCAGAACUCUAUGGAUGCCCCUGACUCUCCGAAGGAUGACCCAGGCAGCCUUGUGCCUGGAGGCAUCAACAACGUGAACCCUCUGGAGGCGGAGUCAGGGGCCUCUGUAGAUGCCAAGGGACGACCUUCCAGACACCUGCUGUACACUACUCACUUCCCUCUACCACAGGAUGAAAGUAGCAGUCACGACUGUAACCAGAGACAUGUUCUCUUGUACGGAGUGAACAAACUGCGAGACGAGGCUCGUCACACUGUCAAGCGCAUCAGCAAAGACAUCUGCAAACUGUUCAGCAAGAAGUUCAGCAUAGAUGUUGCUGAGGGUGGAAAAGUAAAGAAACAUUCUCGUAACGAGUUCAACUUUGAAGCGACGACAGCUCGUGUUCAAGCACUGUCAUACUUUGACCAACAUGUUGUCACCUGGCAGUGCAGUGUUACCGUGUUGGAGAUGAUCAACACUUUUGCUUCUGGAAACUCCAACUAUUUGCCAGUCCAAGAACAUGUAGCGUUCUUGUUUGACUUAAUGGAGCUGGCUCUCAACAUAGAUGGACUCAUAGAUGUAUGCAUACAGAUAUUGAAGGAAGUACCGGAGGUAGAGGCUCAACUGACAGCCAAAGGCUCCAACCUGGUGCGUAUCUACACUCCGUCCCUCGUACUGUACGUGGUGGGUGUGCUAAGGAGAUACCACUGCUGUCUGCUGUUGUCGUCAGAGCAGACUGUGGCUGUGUUUGAGGCUCUGUGUCGUGUUGUCAAACAUGUGUCCAACCCUGGGGACUGCUCCAGUGUAGAACGCUGUGUGUUGUCACAUCUCUAUGACCUGUACUCGACCUGCUCUCUACUCAAGUCACGUCCUCACGGAGGCGAACCCUUCAGCAACGCCUACCCCAAGAUACGGGCGGCCUUGUACACGUCACUGCAGCCCACCCCCUCCAACCACGCAUGCACUGGCUUCCUCACAGACGUCAUCGAAAAUAUUAGACGGCCUGUGAGGAUAGAGCCGAGCUGGGUGCGUCAGUUGUCAGAGUCGGCCAGCAACCGCUACAGUUUCGUCUGCAACGCUGUCAUUGCAGUGUGCAACGAGACUGACCUGGAUAGGCUCAAUGACCUCGGACACUUGUGUGCGGAACUGACUGCAUCUUGCAACUCAUUGUCACCCGAGUGGCUCGGUGUUCUGAUGGCACUGUGCUACUCGUCCAGUCACAGUUCCUAUUUCAUGUACGUUCUCUCUCGUGUGGACAUCCAUGAUCUCUCCAUACACAACUCUUUGGCUGUGUUUACUUCCAUUCUAAUAGCUCGCCAUUGUUUUUCACUUGAAGAUUUUGUGGUGCAUGUUGCGCUUCCUUCUCUUCUGACAUUGUGCAAAGAAAGUAGAGGAGACACAGAUAUGGAUACAGAGGCUGGAGCCCGAUUGACUUGUCACUUAUUGUUGAGGCUCUUCAAGACCAUAGAGGUGCCUCAGCCUGCUCUCUACUCUGUCGGCACUUCACCACACCCUGUACCGAGCAACUCUAUGUACAACAUCAAGCUGAGCUGUGACAGACAUCUGCUAGCAGCUGCACACAACAACAUCCAGGUCGGCCCCGUGCUGGCAGUGCUCAAGGCUAUCCUAGUUGUGGGAGAUGCUACUGCCAAGCGAACUACAGGCUCUCUGUCUAAGAAGUCAGACAGUCAGGCGGGCGGGGGAGCAGUGGGGGGAGUGAAGAGUGAGUUGAGUAUCAGCCAUAUCCUCGGCACCAGCGACAUGGGCGGCGAGCUGCUCAUGGACCUCGGUGCCAGUGGAGGAGCUGAGGGUACGACACACAGCUUGUCAGACCUGGCACAGCUGGUGCUGAGAGAGAUCUGCAGUCAGGAGUGGGUGUUGGAGAGAUGUCUUCAGAACCCUGAGGAGUUGUGUACCCAGGACAUGUUACUGGACAGCAUGUUGUCUCCCAAACAAGCACAAAGACUUUUACAUAUGAUCUGUUAUCCUGAGUCAACAGCAUCCUCAGAAAUAAACCUGGAUCACAAGUCAAUCAUAACCAACAUUUUAGAGAACCUUGAUCUAUGGACUCUGAGGAUGUCUUGGCUGGACAUGCAAUUGAUGUACAAACAGCUGACCAGUGGCUCUCAGGAACUCAACCAGUGGCUUGACACUGUGGCCAAGGCAGCAAUUGAUGUCUUCCAGCUGACUGCUGCCAGCAGCAACACUGAGGGUGACAGUGAUAAAAAAUCCAAGUCGCAAAGUAUGUGGCUCGUAGCUCCACUCAUAUCCAAGUUACCCAGUGCUGUGCAAGGGAGAGUGCUUAAAGUUGCUGGUCAGGUGCUAGAGAGUGGCAGCUGGGGCAGCAGCAGUCAGUCUAGCGGCACACCUAGCAGUCGCAGCAAGGAGUCAUCUCGCACUCCACAGCACACCCCUCCCUCCCGGCCAUCACACCCACCCACCCCCUCGCUGUCACACCACCAGCCGUUCCUGUCACUGGUACUAACUUGUCUCAAGGGACAGGACGACCAGAGAGAGGGGCUGCUUACCUCGCUGCACUCCCAGCUCAGCCAGUGUCUGUCGAUGAGCAAAGAUGAGAAGAGUCGGGACGACUCGCCCAAAGGACGGGCCCAGAUGCAGGACGCACUGCUGUUGAGGUUCAGCCUGGUAGGGGGAAUGUUUGACACUAUACAACGGAACACUAACCUGACCACGGACUGGGCUAUACUGCUGGUCCAACUUAUCACACACGGCGUCAUAGACCUCAACAACAAUGCGGAGUUGUUUAGCACUGUGAUAGACAUGUUGGCCACUCUCAUCCACUCCACGCUGGUGUCCGACUCUCAGUCUGACAAGGGCGAGGAGAACAGGAGACAUUACCAGAACCUCAUGCGCAAACUCAAAAAGGAGGUGGGUGACAAGUCGUCGCCAUCUAUACAACAUCUACGUCAGCUGUUGCCACUGCCCAAGCAGGUGUGUGAGGUGAUCGCCUGUUCUCCACACGGCCUGCUCACUGACAUGAAGGGCAACAAGAUAGCCUUUGACUGCACUGACAAGAUAACUGGCCUGCAAGUAUCAGAGAAGCAGAGAGUUCCGCCGUGGGAUCUGUUGGAAGGACACAAGAACCCUGCGCCAUUGUCCUGGUCAUGGUUUGGAGCUGUCAGGAUCGAGCGUAAACCUCUCUGGUAUGAGGAGAACCACAGACUGUUGCGCUACCACACUCACUCACUAGUCAAGUCUUCUUCAUACUUCCUGGAACCCUUGCCUCUCCCACCAGAAGACCUGGACCCACCUCCGGACAAACCUUGUGGAUGUGUGUACUGCGGUCAGAUGAAGGCGGGGAUGGCAGGAGGCAUGGUGGGGGCACCGGACACGCCCAACAGUGUGGAGCAGAGUCCUCGAGGUGGCGGGGGCAAGCGGGGUGCCAAGACUGGGGCAACUCAGCGCAAGAGGAAACAAGCCAAGCCUACGCCUCCCGGACACAUGCAGCCUGCACCCAUGCAGCAUGUACAGAAUGUCUACUCAGCCCCAGGGUCACAAGGUACGAUGCAGUACUCUGGAGGCACUGCCACAACACCUCAGGGCAGCAUGUACCCCUGCCAGCCAGGGCCCCCGGGCCCGGGGCCUCAGUGGGGCAACUAUGGAGCUCCUCAACAACCUGGGCCCCCGCCUCAGCAACAGACCCAGGGGCCCUACUACUCCCAGCAGCUUCCUCCGCAAGUUUCAGUUGGUCCGAGGUUCGAGAGACAGCCUGUAGGACCGACCGCCAAGAACGCACUCAACACGAUGCUGCAACAUCGAGCCUUGCGUCAACCAGUGGCUCAGCAAUACAUGAGCCAAGGGCCACAACCCCAGCCUGGCAUGCCUGCCUUCUCAAACAUGCAGCGCACACAGUUCAUUCAGCGACAACAGAUGCAUGUAGAGCAGCCCCAGCAGGCUGUGUCAGGGAUGUAUCAGCAACAAUCAGCUCCUCAGAUCUACCCAGCCAUGCAGCAGCAAGGUAUGAGUGGAGGUAUGGGACCAGGGUAUGGUCCUGGUGGGCCUGGGUAUGGCCAGCAGCCGCAGAUGCAGCCUAGUACGCAGCAUAUGAUGAGUCAGCAACCGCAGCAAGCCGGGGCUAUGUUCACGCAGCAAAACACUCAGUUUGGCAUGAGGCAAGACUACCAGCAGCAACGCAACAUUCGCCCACCUUACCUGCAGGCGCCUAACGUGACGAUGAACUCUAUGGGUGGACCGCUAAGUCAAACCCAGAAUACUCCUCCCUACCAGCGACCUCAGCAACAGCAGUUCCCUCAACAAAUGACUCAACAACAGCAGCAGCAACAUAGAAUGAGGCAGUUGUUGAUGCAGCAGCAACAGCAGCAGCAGCAACAACAGCAACAACAACAACAUCAGCAACAACAGCAAAGUCAACAACAGCCGGGACUGAUGGCAUUGCACAGACAGAUGUCGAACCAGCCACAGAAUCCUUACUCACAGCAACCUCCUCCAUACUAGUGGAUAUAAAAGAUCUUUGCUUCAAAUCAGCUUGCUACGUUGAAGCAGUUUUGAUUGAUUUCACCCACCGAUCUUGGUUUAAAUAUUUGUUUCUCUCAUCAAUUGUAAUAUUUUCAAUCAUAUGUCUAUAAACUUGGAUUAUUUUUGUUUAGUUUUACCCUUAAUUUACUUUUUUUGUAAGUUAUACAGUCAUAUAUGUGAUUUUGCAUGGAGUCAGGGAUUGCCAAAAGAGGAUAUUAAUUGUAUCCUAUGUUUUAACUGUUUUAACAAAAGCUAAAUGAAUAGUAUUUGCUUAGCUAUUAAAUCGCUAAUGUAACAAAUCUACUUUUGAUUUUACUGACAAUAAAGAAAGAAAUUAAAUUAGCCUAAAUUAAUCUCAACAUUUAUAUUUUUUACUCUAAUUUUAUUUAUAUAGAUAGGGUACUAUGGUUUAUUGUUUUGUUUUUUGUAAAUAUUAAUUAAUUGUAUAAUAAUUGGGACCAAAUAUUUCCUUCGAGUUUUCUUUUCUUAAAAUUCAAUUCUCAUCUAGUAAUUGAUUACAUGAUAAAUAAAUAAAUUAAGGUAGGACAGUGAGUAGAGUUAGCUUUUAUCUUGAAGUCGUAUUUUGUAAUAUAUUUACAAAAUAGUAAUCAGUAUCACUAGUAGUUAUCAGGAUCACCCAGUGAUUUUUCCAUAUUAGUUGAUAAUAUCUUAAUAACAUUUAAUGUGGUGAUGAAUAUUUUGCAUGUAGUUGUCUGUUUAAAAGGGGGAGGGGAAAUCAUUUCUUUACCAGAUAGAUAAUAUGAUAAUAAUCCCAUGUUGUGUUUUUAUUCAUCAAACAAACAACUUCUUGCAUGACUAAAGUCAAACUUUAAAAAGUCAAUGGCUGUGUUGUACUGUAGAGAGUAAUAACAUAUUAUAAAAUAUUUUAUGAACACUCAACUAAUUGUCUUUAUAAAACUAAUUUUAAACAUGAUUAUACAUAAAGAAGCAUGUUUUUAUUACUAUUAUGAGGUAGAUUAUUGUAAAAAGUGUUUUAAAGCGUUGUUUUUUCAUUAUAUCCAAUGAAUCAUGGUUUAAUAUUGCAUGUAUUUAUCAAACCAUAAUUUUUUUGACAGAUCAAAUUUUUUUAGGUUAAGUUUAUCACAGUUGAUUUGUAAUAAUCUUAAUAUUCCAUGCGGAUCAUCAUAACAUAAGAUCCUGAAGAAACUUCAAAAAUUUUACCUGUAAUGAAGAAUAAGUACCUAGUUGUAAUAAAUGAAUAUGGGAUUAACCCUUUCAGUGCUAGGCCAAUAAUUUCUAUUUUGUAAGACUUUUUUGUUUGCCUUUUAAUUCCAUUACCUGUUGUUGAAUUUUAACUGUCAUGUUGUCACUAUUUUAUUAAUUAGGCUAAUUUUGAAUAAUAACACAAUAAGAAAAUAUAUAAGAAAGA